CUUUAAUACAUCAUUUUUUUUUUCCUUUUUCAAAAGCAAAGGUUCCAAACGACCGCUAAAGAACGAGAGAGGAUGUGCAUAGAUUCAUGACUAGAUAGUGUGAUAACACCCCUUGUGUUGUUAUUUGUACAACACUAACCUCCAACCAAUAGGAAGCUAGGGUUGUGAUAACUUUUUAUUAGCUAAGUUGACCUAGUGUAAAAUCAAAGCAGGGGUAUAAUUGUCAUUAUGAAAAAUAUUUUUAAAUCAUAAUAAAAAAUUAAAAUAUUUUUUUUAUUUUCUGCCCAAAAUUUUGGUCUCCGAAAUUCGGCCACCGGUCACUGGAAACUGGUUGCCGGUCACCGGAAUAUGUUUUUUGUCGCCGGAAUAUGCCUUUUGUCGUCGGAAUAUGCUUACCGGCGUUGGAAUCUAGUCAUCGGGGCCGGAAUAUGCUUAUCGGCGCUAGAAUGUACUCACUGAUGGUCAUCAGAGUUUGGUCAACGAUUUUCGUUGACCAGCCAACGCUCAACGACCACCGGAUGUAAUGGUUUGCAUUGUAAGAUUUAUGGUUUGGUUUCUCAUAUUUUUGUAUGCCUUUUGUGGUUUGCUUUAUCGUGUUUGUGGUUUGCAUUAAGAAGUGUCUGGUUUGCUUUCAAAAAAUUUGUGGUUUGCAUUGUGAGGUUUCUGGUUUGUUUGAAUGUAUUUGUGGUUUGCAUUAGAAGGUUUCUGGUGUGCUUUUUAAACUUUUGUAGUUUGCAUUGCAAGGUAUCUGGUGUGCUUUUGAAACUUUUGUGGUUUGCUUUGCAAAGUUUGUUUUAAUAGAUUUGUGGUUUGCAUUAGAAGGUUUUUGGUAGCUUUUGAAAAUUUUGUGGUUUGGUUUGUGAGGUUUCUGGUUUGUUUUAAUAGAUUUGUGUUCUGCAUUAGGAAGAAUCUGGUUGUUUUAUGUGGUUUGCUUUGUCGUGUUUGGGGUUUGCAUUAUGUAGUUUUUGGUGUGCUUUUGAAAAUUUUAUGGUUUGCUUUGUUAGAUUUCUGGUAUGUUUUAUCACAUUUAUGAUUUGUAUUAGGAGGUUUCUAGUGUGCUUUAGAAUGUUUGUGCUUUUUGUGCAUGACUGUUGUCUGAGGGUGAAGAUUUGUGGACCUUGAUGCAACUUUUAUGUGGUUGUUAAAUUACUUUGUAAUGUUUAUUUAAUUUGUGUACCAAUUAGUGUUUUACCGUUGCUAUAAAGUCUGAAUCUGUAAUUGAAUGAUGUAAUUUUCCAGUUGAUGAUAUCCACGUGCUCUCAUUCUUCCUCAGCUCUGCAAACCAGGGGUGGCAGAAGGGUUUCCGGUUAGCAGUUAACUGGACGAUUUCAACCAAACCGGCUGGUUUUCGGCUAACUGAAAAACCGUUUCUGCUUGCAUCGGUCGAUUGGCCGUGGAGAUGGGAAGAGGUUCGGCUAGCCGACUAACCGGGGUCAGAAACCGGCGGUUAACCGGCUAACCGACCCCUUCCCUUUCCCCAAAACGACCCCGAUUCAAUCCUCCUCCUCCCUAACCCUAAGUCGACUCCCUCCUCCUCCCAAAGAAUUCGACCUUCGCCGCUCAACCCUUCCGCCGAGCCCUCCUUGGUCCGCUCUCUCUUGAUGUUCACCCUCGCCGAGGCGGAUUGCGUCGGGAUCGCUUACGAUCCGUCCAAGGUCGGAUUCCUAGCGAAUUUGUUGUUCCAUUCAUCGAUCGAGGCGCGGGUGAAUUCCACGGCGAUGGUCGAGAUGGUCGUCGUCUGGACGCGGUGCUCGGAUCUGAGACCGGUGGUGAGCUGGGUGGAGGAGAUCCUCGAGGGAGAUGUGGAGAUGAUGCGAAAUUCGAUCCCCUACCCGCGGGCUCUGAAGAUCGGGAUCAAGGCGAUGUUCGCGCUGUGCCUGGCAAAGCAGACGAGGCACAAGGCGGUGAGCGCGGGCGCGGGGAAGACGCUGGUGGACAGGCUGCCCGAUUUCGACAAGUGCGACGCGGAGCGCGCCCUGGCGACGGUGGAGCUUCUUUGCGCGGCGACGGAGUACGCCGCCGGGGCGCUGCUAGCGCUGUGCUCGGCGUCAGAGAUUUUCCAGGCGGCGCUGCUGGCGCUGUGCUCGGCGUCGGAGAUUUGCCAGCGGUGGAGCUCUGAUGCAAAACGACGCGACGUGGGUUGCCGGACCUGCGCCGACUACGCCCGUUCCCAACUUUCCUCCAGCGCGGACAUCGUCCUCAACCACGUCUUCCUCCAGCACAACGCCACCGACCGACGAGGGUGCCAGCAGGUCAAGCUCUUCAUCAACAAGUUCAACGCCUCCCACGUGGCAUACACGAGCGCCAACGAGAUCUACUUCAGCGCCGACUUCAUCGAGACCUACUCGGGCCUAGACCUCAAGAGGGAGUUCUCUAGCAUGCUAUACAGGGAGAAGGUGCACGUGUGGCUGUGAUUGAAAAUUUAUUUUUUAAUUUUAAUUAGUUAUUUUGUGCUAGUUUAUCCUUUUACCCUUAAUGAAUCUUGUGGUUAGUAUAACAAGGGGACUAGAUAGUGUGACAACACCCCUUGUGUUGUUAUUGUAACAACACUAGUCUCCAACCAAUAAGAAGCUAGGAUUGUGAUUACUUUUUAUUAGAUGAGUUGACCUAGUGUAAAAUCAAAGCAGGGGUAUAAUUGUCAUUAUGAAAAAUAUUUUUAAAUAAUAAUUAAAAUAAUAAAAAAUAUUUUUUAAUCUUCGGCCCAAAAUUUUGGUCGCUGGAAUCUGGUCGUGGUCACCGGAAUAUGUUUUUUUUGUCAUCGGAAUAUGUUAUUUUGUCAUCGGAAUAUGCUCACCAUCGCUGGAAUAUGCUCAUCGUGGUCGGAAUAUGCUUACCGGCGUCGGAAUCUAGUCAUCGGGACCGGAAUAUGCCUAUCGGCGCCGGAAUCCGGUCACUGACGGUCUUCGGAGUUUGGUCAACGAACUCUGUUGACCGAUCAACGGUCUUUGUUGACCGGUCAACAGCCAACGGCCACCGGAUGUUAUGGUCUGCUUUGUGAGAUUUAUGGUUUGGUUUCUCAUAUUUUUGUAUGUCUUUUGUGGUUUGCUUUAUCGUGUUUGUGGUUUGCAUUAAGAAGUUUCUGGUUUGCUUUCAAAAAUUUUGUGGUUUGCAUUGUGAGGUUUCUGGUUUGUUUGAAUAUAUUUGUGAUUUGCAU